GAAUAUCAACAGUAGUUUCAAUUGGGCAACUAGUGUGUCAAUCACAGAAUGAUGCCGGAAAUGUAGUUCUAACAAACGCAUCGCGUAGUCAUUAAGCGGAUUGGAAGAAAGGUUUGAGAGUCAGCAGAUUGGAAGAUUAGUAGGAGAUCUACAAUAAACGGAACGUGUUGGGAGUCAGUAGUGUGUUCUGUUAUUUUUGGUAAUAUUCAUUACAAAAUGCCGUCUUUGCGAGAACGCUUUGAGAAUUUCCUGAACGAAAAGAAUUUUAUCACCAACAUAUUGGGGAAAAUUGAGGAGAAGACUGGAGUGCGUAAAUACAAUCUAGCUACAGGUUCAAUAACCUUCCUUGGUCUCUAUCUUGUGUUUGGCUAUGGAGCAUCCCUAUUGUGCAAUUUGAUUGGUUUUGCAUACCCAGCUUACUUUUCGAUCAAAGCUAUUGAGAGUACAGAUAAAGAAGACGACACAAAAUGGUUGACCUACUGGGUAGUUUAUGGGUUAUUUAGCCUUGCUGAAUUUUUCUCAGACAUCUUCCUUUAUUGGUUCCCUUUUUAUUACGUUGGAAAGUGUGUUUUUCUGUUGUGGUGCAUGGCACCAGUUGCAUGGAAUGGUUCUCAAAUGAUCUAUAAUCGAAUUAUCCGUCCUCUAUUCCUCAAACAUCAUGCCACUGUGGAUAGUGUUGUCAAUAACCUCAGUGGGAAAGCUCUGGAUGCAGCAGAAAACCUGACGAGAGAGGUCUUACAGACAUUAUGUAGCAGCAAGAAGUUCGUAAGGACAGAUGCAGGACCUAAACCAUUACCUAAUGUGUCUGUAUGUAACAAAAUAGGCCGGGGCUUCUGUUAGACCAGACAGUGAUACUUUUUUGGAUUAUCAUGACUUUUUUUUUCUAAUUGGAUCACAUGGAUUAUAUCUGCUCCAGCAUUAUUGAGAAAUAUGGUGUAUGUUUGAGGUUUUUUCUCUUCUGCAACAGCCACAUUUAAGAUGGUCUGACAGAACAUGACUCUUCCCACUUUUGAAGUGUUAAGAUCAAAUUAGCAUCCUGAAAUCAAAAUUGUGACUGUAGAGAAUAAGAUCAAUUGCUUUCCUCAUUUUGGGUCACAGCACUGUUACUUAGCAUAUAAAUUCAAAUCAUUAGAAAAAUUGAUUCUUAAACACAAAGAUGAAUUCCAUUUGAAUAUUCUAAAAUUAAUCACAAAAACACAUGACGACUGGUCUCCUACUCUUCCUUUGGUUUUCCAUCAAAUGUCAUGAUAAUCCAAAUUCCCCUUUAGCUGACAACCUGCUGUCCAUUUUUUUGUAAUUUUGUUAGUUUCCAUCAGCUCUUGUCCCUGUAUUUUAUAGCUUACAUUUUAUGAUCCCUUUUAAAUGCUAUUUUCAGCUAUAUCACAAUUUAUAAAUCUUUGUAAUAUGUUGCUCAUCUAGAAGUAAUGCAUUUUUCUUAUUAUAAUUGAAAGAUUGAUAGUAAUAACUUAGUGUAUUAAUUUAGUCUUCACUAAGAGCCUUGCUUCUAUCGCUGUCCUUUUACCAUUUUUAACUGAGUGCCAAUCAUCCACAGAGUAUGAAAAAGCUACAAGUGGGGCAGCAGAGUUGGCUUUUAGAAAGAACAACUCUCCUAUAAGAUGAUUGCUCUAUCUGUCAGAUGACAGUUUUUAGUUUUUUUUACAAAAAUACAGUUGGUGCUUGCUAAAAGAAUUAGGCUUCCAAUCACUGCAUCCAGUUUUUGUUCCUGUGGCAUUUUUUUUUAAUAAAAACUGCUUUUUUUGUAUAACCUAAGGUUUCUAGUGUUCUCAAGUCAGCACUAGCAUUCUCAAUGCAGGACAAGUAGGAAAAUGUGCAAAUCUACCUAUGCCAAUUAGCAAUGGUGUUUUGCAAUGUACAGAUAAAUGGAAUGCCACCACAUAUUUUUUAUUUUAAAAGGAACUUAAUAUCACCUGAGGCAAUUACCUUCUGAUGAAAGUUAGAUGAGAAAUGUUCUUGAUUAUUGACGCAAACGAUUCUGUGACUUGGUAAUAAAAUUUAUAAAUACUUAUUUGGCAGCCAAUUUUCACAUUCAUUCCAACUUUCUUUUCAAAUUAAUAGGAAAGAAAAUUGGUAAGUUUUUUUUUCAAAUACAAAGCAUUGUUGCUUCACCUGGUGACCAAAUGUUUGGAGCUGUCCUGCAUUGGGGUUGAUGUCCUAGAUAGUUCUCUACUGGGACACUGUUUAUUCUGUAAUAUCAAGCUUCCUUUUUCUAGGCUCAUGUUUACACUUCCUGACCCCUGUGAUCCACUCCACACCGUCAUCACCAUCACAAACCCUCUUUUCUGUAACAUAUUGCUGAACAUGUGAUUAGCCAACUGCUGCUUUUUGAUGAAUUUCACCUGCAUAAAUUUAUUUGUAAGUGAAGAUAAACUGCAAUGAGGUACUAAAAGUAGAAUGUUAAACUUUAGAAUAUGAAGUUGCAUAAAUAUUUAAGUGGAUUCUGAUCAGGUUUCUGCACAUUGCAUCAAAUGUGAUGUUGAUGUUUGUUUGCAUCAAAGCCUACCAGGACUUUUGGAACCACAAGAUUUCUUCAAAUGUAGUUAUGAUUGGAUGUUUAAAUUUUGUUUGUUUGUUAUCACUUAACAUCUCAGUGGACAAAGUCUAAAGUAUUCACCAUAAAAUACCCAUUGUUCAAAUGGUACUUAAUAAAAACUUCAGGGCAGCCAACUAUACUUAUUUUGCAGCAAAUAUGGUGACCUACUUUGAAACCAAUUCUUUCGUGAAUGAUGUUGCCCUUUAACACAAGAUGCAUUAUGUUUUGUAAUUUUGUUGAUAAGUUGAUGUUUAAUUGAAUUGCUUUUUGUUUGUAAAAAAAUGAGCUCCAACCUAUGCUGCUCAUUGAGGCUUAUACAGCAAAUUCAUUCAUAAAUGACCGGGUUUCAAACUUCACUUUUAUUUACCUUUUUACCUUCGUCCUCCUAAGUACCCUACUUAAGCUUCACUCCCCAAUUUUCUGCGGAAUUGAUCUGAGAGGAGAGGCUUUAUCCAUGUUGCUAACAACAAAUUUGUGUCGUUUUAUGUCUUAAGUGUUUAUGUAUAUGUUUCUGGUCAAUUUUUUAAAGUUGCUUUAUCCUACAUUUUCAGACAUUUUAUUUUUGCGUUUGCCUUGACACUCACCCUUUUUGGUGUAACUUUUAAAUAUGACACAUAGACAUUAAACUGUAUAAUGAGUGUGGUAGGCAGGAUCCACAACAAAUGAGAAUUAGAGCAGCAUGGAAUUGAAUUUUAGAUUUUACUAUAAUCUGUUAUAAAUUAAAAGAAUAGUAACUGGAAGUAAUUAUUAACCACAACCCCCUCCAUAAAAGUCAAAUUUCACAUGGAUGAACAGAAAAUCUAGGAAAAAGAAAAGCAAACAAAUAAUUUUGAGCAGCAGCAUUCCAGUUUUUGUAUCACUAACAUCUUACUUUGUAAUAUGUUUUCCAUCGUUUUUAUGAAGGAAAAACAGCUGAAAUAGUAUGGGUCAUUGAUCAGUAAGCUUUAGUAGAGCUAGUACAAUACUUGAUCAGCUUGUUGGUAGAAAUGGGAUGUGUAUGUAUCCUGUUCUGUAACCUUUUAUCUUUCCUUUUUUGCUGCUCAAUGC